UUGCCUGAAACAAGGACAUCCAAAUGAUAAGAUUUAGAUACCUUCUUCCUAGGCUGAUGUUUCAUUCUCUGUUGGCUCCAUGUAAGUAACUUGGAUCACAACAUCUGGACAAUCCAUUUCCCACAUCUUUAAACAAGAAAUAAAGCCUGUCCACCUGACUGGGGCAAAGCCAUCUGGGGACUAAGAGCAGGAAUUGUAAAAAGAGGAGAGGCCCCAGCAGAAGGAACAACUGAAGAAACUCUUCUUGAUCCUUGCCUGACACAAGACACCAUGGUCAAGCGAGUUGCAAUUGUUGGAGCUGGUGUGAGUGGCCUUAGCUCCAUCAAAUGCUGCUUGGACGAGGGUCUGGAGCCCACCUGCUUUGAAAGGAGCAGUGACAUUGGAGGCCUAUGGCAAUACACAGAAUAUGUUGAAGAGGGCAGGGCUAGCCUUUAUGAAUCUGUUGUUACUAACAGCAGCAAAGAGAUGUCCUGUUACUCAGACUUUCCUUUCCCAGAGGAUUUUCCAAACUUUUUGCCACACCCUCUAUUUUUGGAAUACCUCAAGAUGUAUGCAGACAAGUUCAACCUUCUGAAAUGUAUCCAAUUCAAGACCAUUGUCUGCAAUGUGAAAAAAUGUCCAGAUUUCUCCAGCUCUGGCCAGUGGGAGGUAACCACUGAACAUGAAGGGAAGCAAGAGUCAACCAUAUUUGAUGCUGUCAUGGUCUGCACUGGUUAUCUCACUGACCCGUUUUUGCCACUAGAUACUAUACCAGGUAUCAGCACCUUUAAAGGUCAGUACUUUCACAGCCGGGAGUACAAGCAUCCCGAUCUCUUCAAGAAUAAGAGAGUUCUUGUGAUUGGCAUGGGGAACUCUGGCGCAGACAUUGCUGUGGAUGCCAGUCGUGUAGCUAAAAAGGUGUUGCUCAGUACCACUAGAGGUGCAUGGCUGAUAAAUCGACUUGACCAUGGGUGUCCUUCGGACAUAGUGUUCACUUCUCGAUUUCAAAGUGCAUUUAGAGAUUGCCUCCCAACUCCAGUUGUAAAUUGGUUAUUUGCCAAAAAGGUGAAUAGCUGGUUUGAUCAUGAAAACUAUGGUUUGGUUCCAGAAAGCAGGACUUUCAUAAGAGAACCUGUACUGAAUGGUGAGCUCCUAGGAUGCAUAAAUACUGGGAAGGUGUUGAUCAAAGCCAGUGUGGAGACAGUGAAGGAAAACUCUGUGGUAUUUAAGAAUACUCCAGAAGAAGAACCUAUUGACAUAAUUGUCUUUGCCACAGGAUACACUUUUGCUUUUCCUUUCCUUGAUGAGUCUAUAGUGAAAGUUGAAAACAAUCAGGCCUCUUUGUAUAAGUACAUAUUCCCUACACAUCUGGAAAAACCAACCCUGGCUGUCAUUGGCCUCAUCAGGACUUCUACAUCCUUGGUUUGCACAACAGAAAUACAAGCCAGAUGGGUCACACGAGUCCUAAAGGGCUUGACUAAACUACCAUCACCAGAGGCCAUGAUAGAAGACGUUGACAAAAGGAAAGCCAAUAAACCCACUGGUUUUGGUUUACACUUUGAUAUGCCUUUGCAAGAAGAUGGUGUCAUAUACCUAGAUGAGAUCUCAUCCUUCAUCGAUGCAAAGCCUAACUUGUUAUCUCUGCUUCUGGUGGACCCACUACUGGCUUUUAAGGUUUUCUUCGGCCCACUUACUUCAUACCAGUACCGUCUGACUGGCCCAGGGAAGUGGGAUGGAGCCAGGAAUGCCAUUCUGACCCAGUGGGACCGGAUAAUCAAGCCAACAAAAACUCGAAUUGUACAAAAACGUCCAGAUACUUUUUCCUACCUACUCAAAGUCUUCAGCUUUUUGGCUCUACUUGUUGCUGUAUUUCUUAUUUUCCAAUAGUUGAAACCCUUGGUUCCUUAGAACAAAUGCACAGGGUAGAUCUUCCAUUAGAGCAGAGCCUUCACUCCUGGGGUCAUUCCCAGAAUAACCAACUUGUGCCCACAUUUUUCUCACCUGGAAUCCACAUGCACUCUAGAAACUGUAUGAAAGUCCUAUUGGUCAAUAGUGUUCAGUGUGUAUUUUUCCCACCCUUGUCCCUCUCCAGCUCUAUACUGACCUCCAUAUUCUACCAACCUAUGGGAAAGAAAGUUUUCUGCAAACAUUAAAGCACUAUAUAAAUGUGAACUACGAUUAUGGGAAUUGUUUUUAUCUAUAUUAUCUACAUUUAAUGCCAGUGGAAGAAAAUAGUAUUUUCUGAUUUUGGUACUUUCAGAGGAGAUAUCAAUCUGAGUAGUUACACUUCCUUCUCCUUUAUGAAAUCUUUUUAAUUCAAUUCCUUUAUCAUAGGCAGCCAAAGCUCUCCAAAUACUAGGUCUGUGUAGAGGUUAUAUGCUGGGCUUUUCACUAAAGAACAAUAAAAGAAGCAGUGAACAAUUUCAA